AUGGCCCGUACACAAUCCAGAAAACAGGAGGCUGAGGAAUCUCCCACUACUCUCACGUCACCCAUUUCUGAGUCCAGCUCGCCGUGUUCGGAGCCCAACUCGCCCGGUCUGGAGUCAAACACCACAACAUCUACUCUAAAGUCCAGGAAGAGAUCCAGCUCAGAGGCUCAAGAUCAGAAGCCCACAAAGAAGAUCAAGUCAAAGCGAAAGCCACUAGUCGCAUCUCCCCCAGAAACCUCCCAGUGGUCCAAUAGUGAUGACACCCUGGACUUCAAGGAGGAUGAACAGUCCACUAUCAAAUCAUUCGGCCAGGAUACCUUUAUGAGUCAAUGGGAAGCCGAUGAGUCGGAGGACAUGCUGGAGUUUUACCUAGCGUAUCCUCACAACCGCAACGCAACCCUCUGUGAGUACCACUUCCUCCAGCUUUCGGAGAAAUGGUACGAGCGACGCAAGCCAGGGGUUGAAAGUGCCCUCGAAAAGAUGUUUGAGACGUCAUUUGGCUGCAGGGAUUCACCGGACUUUUCACCAUUCGGCCUUCCAAUCGAUGAAGACACUUGGGAUCUCAAGACGUUGAACGAAUUUAUGGGGGAUCUUUCGCGGCAGAUUGAGCAGGCCAAGCUUCGACUAGAUCAGGAGCAUAAUCGAAUCUCGUUUACGACGGCUCAUACACCCAUAUGUGAGGUUGGACCCAGGGAUGAGCAUUUGAGGUGCACCCUAUGUCCCGAAGAUGACGAGAAACUCAUGCCGGUUGAACAUAUGAGUCUUGUCCCUGAAGAGUGCGAUGCCGCGGUCACCAAGUGGGUACAAGAGAGAAGAGAGCAAUGGGAACAAGACGUCCUCACAUGCGGUCAUACCUCACCCAUCAUGAUCUUGGGCGGCAAGAAUCCAGACAUUCUUGAAUGCGAAGAGUGUGGGCACACUCAACAGGCCGACAGCGAUGCCUGCCCAGCAAAGUACGAGCUGCGAAUAGCUAGCAUUCGUAUUCCCGUCGAGGUCUCCCCCUCUCACAUGGCAAUGAACAGCCGGCUCGGCCACGGUGACGUUGGGGGCAUACAUUUUGUCGUUGACAUUUGCACCGGCAAUACCCUGAUCAAGUUCCGAUUUCGAUACACCUGCCGUGUUUGA